CGGGCAGGCUCCCGGGGAGGACUGUCCCCUAAACUGCCGGCCAAACCCGCGCAGCUACAGCAGAGCGCGCGUCUGAGGCCUUUUCUAUACCGGUUAGACUACCCAGGAUGUCAACUUCUGUCCCUAAAGGCCACAACUGGGCCCGACGGGUGAAGAAGGAGGAGGAGGAGGAAGACCCUCUAGACCAGCUGAUUUCUCGCUCUGGCUGUGCUGCUUCUCACUUUGCAGUGCAAGAGUGCAUGGCUCAACACCAGGACUGGAGGCAGUGUCAGCCUCAGGUGCAGGCCUUCAGGGAUUGCAUGAGCAAGCAGCAGGCAAAGCGGCGGGAGGAACUGCAGAAGAGAAAAGAGCAAACCAGUGCCCAGUGCUGAGACUCCCAGCCACCUGCCCUAAGCAUGGCCCUGCAUAAACUAGCACCCACAGAGACCUGGAGAGGAAGGAAUCCUAAGUGGUGGAAGUGUGGACUUGAAGAUCUAAAACCUGGAAAUAAAUUGAAAGUACCUACACAUCAAUAAGAAAAAGCACAGAGAAGAGUAAAACAUACACUCCAAAAACUCUUAAUCUUUGGGACUAAAGUUGAAGGCCAGGUACCAUGGAUUUGGACAUGAUUACCAAGAGCUGUUUUAUUUUAAUGAUCACAUUUCAUACAUCCUUACCCUUCCUGUUCCACCAAUGUUUGUAUGUAAAACAAAAUGGGAUAAGAGGUACUCCCAUCCUACCUCUUAGGUCAGUGUGCCAAAUACUGACCUGAUUACAGGGAAAUUGUCAUUUUCGAAGUAAAUUCACAAGGUUUCCUCAUCAGAUCUUCAUUUUUUUCAUUGACAAGCUCAACAACAGAAAGUGUUUCUGGGGCAUGUGUUAGAAACUGAUGAGAGGAGCAGUGUGGCAUCUGCCUGCCUGUUGCUUACAGUCUAGUUUCACAGGUGAAAAUAAAGUAACACUGGAGCAGUUAACUUAUUGUCUAACAAUGGCAGGAGCGCCUUUUAUUUCAUCAGCUAUUUUGGAUAUUUCAUUCAUCUUAAGGGAAAGAAGCAAACAAGAAACUCUCAGCAAAUGGGAACCAGAGUCUGCUGAAUGAACAGAACAUACAGAGUUGCAUUUAAGCGGAAAAAAAAGGAAGAAUAUGGCUGCAUGAUAGAGCACUUGCCUAGCAUGCAUGGGUCCUGGGAUUUGAUAGCUAAUACCACAUGAGCACACAUAUCAUUUAAAAUCUCUAAUCUACUGAACAUCAGGCUUAAUUACACAAUAUGCUGUAGUGUCAGUUGCUCACCUUCAUAUGUCUAACCAGGCAGUGGAUUUACUGCCACUGCCCAGUUUCAUAAGGUUACAUACUGUGCUAGCCCAGAAAAGUAUCAAAGUUCAGAAAUAGAAGUACAGUUUUACUUUUGUCCACUGUAAAGUAGAAAAACUUUUAAAUGAGCUAUUUUAGAUAGAAAUCAUCUUAUUGCUUAUGUAAUUAAAUGUAAUUGGUCAUGGAGACAGCAGGGUGAUACUAGCACAGAUCAGUGAAAGGCCAUCCUUAGCAGAAAUAAUGGCUUCCUAUAACAACUUGUGUAUAGCCAGGCACUGGUGGCUCCUGCCUGUAAUCCUAGCUACUCAUGAUACUGACAUCUGAGGAUCCCAUU